AUGGUCCGGGAAACCAGGCACCUCUGGGUGGGCAACUUGCCGGAGAACGUGCGUGAGGAGAAGAUCAUCGAGCACUUCAAGCGAUAUGGACGUGUGGAAAGCGUCAAAAUCCUCCCCAAGCGGGGGUCGGAAGGCGGAGUGGCAGCGUUUGUGGAUUUCGUGGACAUCAAAAGUGCGCAGAAAGCACACAACUCUGUCAACAAAAUGGGAGAUAGAGACCUACGGACGGAUUAUAAUGAGCCAGGAACCAUUCCCAGUGCUGCUCGGGGAUUGGAUGAUACAGUUUCCAUAGCAUCUCGUAGUAGAGAGGUUUCUGGGUUCAGAGGAGGUGGUGGGGGGCCCACUUACGGCCCCCCACCAUCGCUUCAUGCACGGGAAGGACGUUAUGAGCGGAGACUUGAUGGGGCUUCAGAUAACAGGGAGCGUGCUUAUGAACAUAGUGCCUAUGGACACCAUGAGCGGGGGACGGGAGGAUUUGAUCGGACGAGACAUUACGAUCAGGAUUACUAUAGAGACCCUCGAGAGCGGACUUUACAACAUGGGCUCUAUUACACUUCUCGGAGUCGAAGUCCAAACCGUUUUGAUGCUCAUGACCCCCGUUACGAACCUAGGGCCCGGGAGCAGUUUACAUUGCCCAGCGUGGUACACAGGGAUAUCUACAGGGACGAGAUUACACGGGAGGUACGAGGCAGAAGGCCGGAGAGGAAUUACCAGCACAGCAGGAGUCGGUCGCCGCAUUCGUCCCAGUCCAGGACCCAGUCCCCGCAGCGGUUGGCCAGCCAGGCGUCCAGGCCCACCCGCUCCCCCAGUGGCAGCGGGUCCCGGAGCAGAUCUUCCAGCAGUGACUCCAUCAGCAGCAGCAGCAGUACCAGCAGUGACAGCAGUGACUCCAGCAGCAGCUCGAGCGACGAGUCCCCAGCGCGGUCGGUUCAGUCGACAGCUGUCCCGGCCCCUGCCUCCCAGCUGCUUCCAUCUCUGGAGAAGGAUGAACCCCGGAAAAGUUUUGGGAUCAAGGUUCAAAAUCUUCCAGUGCGCUCAACAGAUACAAGCCUUAAGGAUGGACUUUUCCAUGAAUUCAAGAAGUAUGGGAAGGUGACGUCGGUGCAGAUCCACGGAGCUUCUGAGGAGCGCUACGGACUGGUGUUCUUCCGACAGCAGGAGGACCAGGAGAAAGCACUAAAUGCCUCCAAAGGAAAACUUUUCUUUGGCAUGCAGAUUGAGGUCACAGCCUGGAUAGGACCAGAAACAGAAAGUGAGAAUGAAUUUCGUCCUCUGGAUGAAAGGAUAGAUGAGUUUCACCCCAAAGCAACGAGGACUCUCUUCAUUGGCAACCUGGAGAAGACAACCACCUACCAUGACCUUCGCAACAUCUUCCAGCGCUUCGGUGGAAUAGUGGAUAUUGACAUCAAGAAGGUGAAUGGUGUCCCCCAGUAUGCCUUCCUGCAGUACUGCGACAUUGCCAGCGUCUGCAAAGCCAUUAAGAAGAUGGAUGGGGAGUACCUGGGAAACAACCGCCUCAAGCUGGGGUUUGGGAAGAGCAUGCCUACCAACUGCGUGUGGUUGGAUGGUCUCUCCACGAACGUCACGGAUCAGUAUUUAACUCGCCAUUUCUGCCGCUACGGGCCUGUGGUGAAGGUGGUGUUUGACCGCUUAAAAGGCAUGGCCCUGGUUCUCUACAAUGAGAUUGAAUAUGCACAAGCAGCUGUAAAAGAGACCAAGGGGAGGAAAAUCGGUGGGAAUAAAAUUAAGGUGGACUUUGCAAACCGAGAAAGUCAGUUGGCAUUUUAUCAUUCCAUGGAGAAAACGGGGCAGGAUAUCAGAGACUUCUAUGAAAUGCUGGCAGAAAGAAGAGAUGAGCGAAGAGGAUCUUACGAGUACGCCCCUGACCGUACCUACUACGAGACCGUUCGGACCCCAGGGACGUAUCCUGAAGAUCCUCGUCGAGAAUACCCAGCCCGAGGCAGGGAGUUCUAUGCCGAGUGGGAUCCCUACCAAGGAGACUACUACGACCCACGCUACUACGAUGACCCACGGGAGUACCGGGAUUACCGGGGCGAUCCGUACGAGCAGGACAUAAGGGAAUACAGUUACAGGCAGCGGGAGAGAGAGAGGGAGAGGGAACGGUUUGAAUCCGACCGGGACAGAGACCACGAGCGGAGACCGAUCGAACGGAGCCAGAGUCCAACGCACUCCAGGCGCCCGCAGAGCCCCGGAGCGUCGCCUUCACAGUCAGAAAGGCUGCAGAGCGAUUCAGAGAGAAGGAUUUACAGCAGGUCAUCGGAUCGCAGCGGCAGCUGCAGCUCUCUGUCCCCUCCGCGAUACGACAAGCUGGACAAAGCCCGCAUGGAACGGUACACAAAAAACGAGAAAGUGGAGAAGGAGAGAGUGUUUGAGCAGGAGAGGGUGGACAAGGAGAAGCGUUUGGUCAGGAAGGAAAAGCCAGAAAAAGUAGAAAAGGAGAAAAUAGAUAAACAGAAACGAAAAGCAAAAAUCCAUUCACCCAGCUCUCAGUCUUCUGAGACAGAUCAAGAGAAUGAGCGAGAGCCCAGCCCUGAAAAACUGAAGGGCAAUAGUAAACAAAGCAAAGAGAGAGGUGACAAAGAAGGGACGGCAAAAAACCGCCUGGAGCUAAUGCCCUGCGUCGUGCUGACCCGAGUGAAAGAAAAGGAAGGGAAAGUUAUUGAUCAGCCUGCUUUGGAGAAGCUGAGAGCAAAGCUUGAUAACGACACUAUGAAGUCCCCCCUCCUGGAGCAGAAAACACAGACCUCUCAAGCUGAGCAAACCAAGUCUGAGCAGUCUAAACUGGAACCUGUCAGAACCAAGGUACAAAAAGAGAAGGCCCUUGCCAGUCACGUUGAAGUAGUGGAUAAGGAGGGAAAACUGAAACCCAAAAAGCAUUUGAAGACAGAGCAAACCUCUGAGGGGGCCAAUGCGGUAGACUUGGACAAGUUGGAGGCACGUAAGAGGCGUUUCGCUGAUGCAAAUCUGAAGCCUGACAGACAAAAACUAGAAGUGAAAAGAAGCAGCCAAGACGAGGAGGAUGCACGUGUGGCUUUGAAAAAGCAGCUCGAUGCAACAGCUUCCUCUCGAGAAACAACCGUGUUAAGGGAAGGUGAAGUGGAGAGAAAACCCCUGAGGAAGGAGAUGCUUAAAAGGGAAUCAAAAAAACUCAAACUGGACAGACUUAUUCCUGUUACAAGUCCCAAAGAAAUUCAGGAGACUCUCAGUGUUGGUGGAAUUGCCAUGCGUCCCACCCUGGAUCUGCAGGCAAGGCUCAUGGAGACAGCUGAGGAACCAGUGGAAGUUCAGGAACUCUCUUCUAAAAAACUGAAUCCAGUAAAACCCCAACAUAAACAGGUGCAGCUGCAAGAUGACCAAGGGACAGAGAGAGAGGAUGCAAGGAAGAACUACUCUGCUCUGCCAGAAGACAUACCUGACCAUAAACUUGGCCAAGAGAAACCUCAGCCAACCGACACUGAGGAGAAGAUCGGCAUUGAUAUCGACCACACGCAGAGCUAUAGGAAACAAAUGGAGCAAAGCCGCAGGUUAAAGCAGCAGCUGGAAAUGGAGAUAGCCAAGUCUGAGAAGUUUGGCAGUCCAAAGAAAGAUGUUGAUGAGUACGAAAGAAGGAGCUUGGUCCAUGAGGUGGGAAAACCUCCCCAAGAUGUCACUGAUGAUUCUCCACCAAGUAAAAGGAAAAAGACUGACCAGUUUGACUUUGAAAUUAGCACUAAAAGAGAAAGGAACUACAGAAGUUCUCGUCAGGUGAGCGAAGACUCUGAAAGGACCUCCUGUUCCCCUAGCAUCAGACACUUCCCUUUCCAAGAAGAUGAUGACACGCUCGAUUCUCCAAGGCUAAUGCCGUUAAAGGAAACCAAAGAGUCACCUAAAAUAGAAGAAAAGGGUCUGUCCUACUCCAACAUGACUGUGAGGGAGGACUCGCUGAAAUUCAAUCCUUACGAUUCCAGCAGAAGGGAGCAGAUGGCAGAAAUGGCUAAAAUAAAACUCUCUGUGCUGAGCUCUGAGGAUGACUCGAGUAGAUGGGAAACACAAGGGAAGCAGGAGCCUGGCAGAGUUGAUAUCAGCUUCCCGAGCAGCAUCGUCAAAAGAGACAGCAUCCGCAAGCGCUCUGUACGGGACCUGGAGCCCGGUGAGGUGCCUUCAGACUCGGAUGAUGAUGGUGAAAACAAGCCCCAUUCCCCAAAAGCCUCGUCCCUUUUAGAGAGCUCCAGGUUGUCUUUUUUAUUAAGAGACAGAGAAGAGAAAUUACGUGAGAGAGAGGAACGACUGUCGAGCUCCUUAGAAAGAAACAAAUUUUACUCCUUUGCAUUGGACAAGACAAUCACACCAGACACAAAGGCCUUGCUUGAAAGAGCUAAGUCUCUCUCUUCCUCCAGAGAGGAGAACUGGUCCUUUCUAGACUGGGAUUCACGAUUUGCAAGCUUUCGAAACAAUAAAGACAAAGAGAAGGUUGACUCAGCUCCGAGACCUAUUCCCUCUUGGUAUAUGAAAAAGAAAAAAAUCAGGACUGAUUCAGAAGGUGGAAAACUGGAUGAUAAGAAAGAAGAUCAUAAAGAGGAGGAACAAGAGAGGCAGGAACUGUUUGCCUCUCGUUUUUUGCAUAGUUCAAUCUUUGAGCAGGACUCCAAGCGCCUGCAGCAUUUAGAGAGGAAAGAUGAUGAUCUGGACUUCAUUUCUGGGAGGUUGUAUGGGAGACAGUCUUCCUCUGAUGGGACUAACAGUGCAGCUGACCUGGUGCAGGAACCAGUGGUUCUCUUCCACAGCAGAUUCAUUGAACUGACACGAAUGCAGCAGAAAGAAAAGGAGAAAGAUCAGAAACCAAAAGAAGUGGAAAAGCAGGAAGAUAAAGAAAACCGACCCAAAACACCAGAAACGGUUCCUGAUAGCAAAGAACCAGAACAUAAAACUUCCUCAGCACUUGGUCCUUCUUCAGUUGCUGUCCUACCACAGGAACCAGCACCAGUCACUUCUGAGAAGGUGGUGAAUGAAAAGGUGGUGGUGGUGGAAACAGCUUCUGUAAAAGAAGAAAAACCAUCUGAACCUGCUUCUGCAGCAGAGGAACCAAAAGCUUUCCCUGAACUUGCUGCUCCUGUCAAAACUGAACCACCCGAGCAAACUGAACCCCCACCAGCUGUAGAAGCUAGUAAAGAAGUUGUCACUACUACAAGCCUGGCAUCGGAGGAAGAUGCUGUGGCAACAGAGCAUCCUUCAUACUUGGAUACCAAGCCUCCUACUCCUGGAUCUUCAUUUUCCAAAGCGGAGGAUGGUGUAGAUCCAGAACCUGAAGGCGUCCAGCUGAUUGCACCUCUGCCCAAGCUUGUUCAGAAGCCUGAUGAAGCUGCUGAGCCUAAAGAAGAAAAUCCUCCACCUUCUGCCAACGCUGAUGCCAGUGCAAGUCAAAAGGUGGAGGCGACUGCCGAGGUCCCUCCACCCGUGUCUGACAAUGAUAUGGAAGCGGAAGCUCCAGUUGCUGUCAAGGAUAAAAAGUCCUACAAGAGCAAACGCUCCAAGACUCCUGUGCAGUCGGCCACAGCUAGCGUCACAGAGAAGCCUGUCACAAGGAAGAGCGAAAGAAUUGACCGUGAAAAGCUGAAAAGGUCAAGCUCUCCACGGGGGGAGAUGCAGAAGCUCUCUGAGUUGAAAGUAGAAGUGGAGAAGGUUCCGAGGAACGCUGCUAAAUCCCCGAGUUCUGCUGCAGAGCCUGAAAACGUGGAGCCAAGCUUGCCAAUAAGCCGGACCAGGCGCAGAAACGUAAGGUCAGUCUAUGCUACCACAGGGGAUAAUGAAGGUCCAUCUCCGGUGAAGGACUCCAUGGAGGUCACUAGAUCCACCAGAAAGAGAGGGGAAAAGGAACCACAGGAAACGGUGACAACUGUUCCAACGACCCCGAGGAGGGGGAGACCCCCAAAAACCCGCCGGAAGCCAGAGGAGGACAUCUCUCCAAUAAAGACAGAAGCAGUACAGCAAGAGGUGGAGGAGGCAGAAGCUAAAGAUGCUGUGGAAGCUCCUAAGCCUACUGAAGGCUGGAGGUCUCCCAGGUCCCAGAAGCUAACACACGGUUACACAACAGCUGCUACAAGCCAACAGGGGAAGAAAGGGAAGAAUGAACCAAAAGCAGAUACCUUGGCUGAAGCUGAAGAUGCUGCUGAAAGAAGUGGCCUGGAAUUGGGUGUUGUUGACAACGGCAAUAAAGCCAAAGUCACGGAGAAAGAACCAGUGGCAAGCGAGCAGAAACGUGACAGGAAAGAGCUGGAUGUGGAGAAGAACCAGCUAGAAAUCCCCACGGUUGAGAUCACUGAGAAGAAACCGGCGCCAGAAAAGGUUACAAAAUCCAAAAGGGGAAGGUAUAAAAACACCAAAACAGUUGUAGAUAAAGCCUCCGUGUGUCUCAAAAAUGUGGAGAUCCGCCUCAACGUGGAUGAAGUCAAAGGCGCCCUGCGGCCAACUGAUGAGGAUGUAGAGCCGGUAGCGGUGUCACCGGCCAAAAUGAAGAGUCCUCAGAAGGAGGACAUCUUGCCACCUCAUUUCGUUAAGAAUGAGGUAGAAGAUUCCUUCCCAGAAACAGAGAAAGAGGUGAUGCGGGAAGCAAAACAGUCCCCCGAAGCUGCCCAGUUAGCAAAACAGAUUGAACUGGAGCAGGCCGUGGAGAACAUUGCCAAGCUCACCGAAACCCCACCAUCAAUGGCUGCCUACAAAGAGCCGGCGGCAGACGUGUCUGAAGUGCGUCAGGAGGAGGAGGGAGACAAACCUGCACACCAGGCCAGCGAGACGGAGCUGGCAGCGGCCAUCGGCUCCAUCAUCAAUGAUAUUUCUGUGGAGACAGAAAGCUUCCCUGCUCCCCCGACCUAUCCUGCCGAAUCGGAGGCUGAAAUCCCUGCAGAGCCCUUGGUGCUGCCAUCGCCUCGGGAGGAGAUGGAGCCCGAGACGGAUCAGGCAGUGAAUAAUAUCCUGGAGAGUGAGGCUGCCGUGGAGCCUGCAGUGCAGCCAGUUCCCAGCUCUGCCCCGUCGGCAGUGGAGGUGGAGAGCAAGGAGGCCGAAGUCAGCUUCAGCGAAUCUUCCAACUCUGCGCAAGAGGCUGAGACCUUGCAGGAGGCUGAAGUUGCUCGGAAGGAAAAGGGGCGGCAGAAAACCACGCGGCAGAGGCGCAAAAGGAGCACAGGCAGGAAGGGUGACAUUGUCGAAGUCAACACCUUUGAGCCAGAGAGGGUGCAGAGCAAGUCACCCCCUGUCAAUGAAAUCAAGACAAAGCCCGAAGAAGCCUCAAAGGAGGAGAAGCCAACUAAGAUGGCAGCUCAGGUAUCUGUAGAUCCAAACGCUUCAGAUUCUAGCAAGGCUGCAGCUGCUGAUGUUGUGGCUGUACAUGAAGCUGUUGCUGAAACUGGCACCUCUCCGAAAGCACCAGCUCCAGCUCCUCUGGACUUGGUCACCCCACCGGUUCCUCUUGACGAGGGAAGUCAGAGCGGGUUCAAGAUCCGGUCGCCCUUGGAGAAUACACCCAUCACACCGCCGAGCGCCCCAAAUGCAGCCCUUCCUGCCAUCCCUGCAGCCAAGCUGCCCACGCCGGUGCCCACUACCAUUGUCCCCCUUCAUGCUGGCACUGCUAAGGUGCCAGAGUGGAUGGUAAGGCAUGAGGAACCCCGUGCCCAUUCCACACCCCCGCCCGCUCUCCCCCCAGACACGAAGGCGUCAGAUAUCGACACAAACUCCAGCACUUUGAGGAAGAUACUGAUGGAGCCCAAGUACGUCUCGGCGACAAGCAUCACCUCCACACACGUCACGACGACACACGCUGAGCCGGUGAGCGCACCAUCUUUGGAGGAGGCAUCCCUCCACCCUGCUGUAGAGGCCAUGAAGCCAGUGUCAGAGGAGAAGCCAGCGGUUCCCUUCACCAACGCCUUGGAGCCACCGGUGGCCGAAGCGCCGGUAUUCACCGAGAAGGAAAAGAUCAGCACUGUGAUCGCUCCCAAAGCUACUUCAGUUAUAAGCAGGAUGCCCCACAGCGUGGAUCUGGAGGAGGCUCCCCGGAUCACCUUGGUGAAGCAGGCUCCCCAAAGCCAGACGUGUUUGGUCAAUGCCCCCUCACCCAAAUUCAAGCAGAGGUCAAGCACAAAUGAUAACAGUAGGUUUCAUCCGGGGUCGAUGUCAAUCAUUGAGGAGAGGCCUGUAGAGACUGGGUCCAGCCCAGGGCUGCGGGUGAACACUUCGGAAGGUGUGGUGCUUCUGAGUUAUUCAGGGCAGAAGACAGAAGGCCCCCAGCGAAUUAGUGCCAAGAUCAGCCAGAUUCCUCCGGCCAGCGCUGUGGAUAUAGAGUUCCAGCAGUCUGUGUCCAAGUCUCAGAUUAAACAGGAGCCUAUCACGCCAGCCCAGCCAACACCAAAGGGCUCCCAGACCUCGGCAGCCUAUGGGACUGUUUCCACCCAUUCUUCUUUGGUACUAGGAACGCAACCGUACAACACGUCGCCUGUCAUCUCCUCUGUCAAGCAGGAGCGCGCUGUGCUGGAGAAGCCAGAUGCCUCCCACCUUUCUGUCCAGACUCCAGCCUCCCAGCCCAGCAAGGUUCUCACGCAGGCUGUCAACACUCCACCUGUGCUCGUCCAUAACCAGAUGGUCGUGAACAAAAAACUGUCUGACCCAGCUGCUCUCAAAGUGGAGACAAAGACUCUGCAACCAUCCAGCUUGAGCCCUGGGGUUAGUCCUCACCACCCUUCCCUCUCUGGGAAGAUGCAUUCGGAGGCCAACCACGUCAGCUCGGGACCCAGCACCCCAACCGACCGGGCUAUUUCCCACUUGGGGGUGACCAAGCAGGAGCCGCACUCACCACGUACCAGUGGGCACUCACCGUCGCCAUUCCCCCGUGCCUGUCAUCCCGGCAGCACCUCGUCCCCGGCGUUGUCGAGCAGUGCCCCAGUCAUGCUGGCACCGGGGAUUCCCGUUCCUCAGUACAUAUCCAGCAUGCAUCCUGAGCAAUCUGUGAUCAUGCCCCCUCACAGUGUCACACAGACUGUGUCCUUGGGCCACCUGUCCCAAGGUGAGGUGAGGAUGAACACCCCUUCUCUCUCCAGCAUCCCUUACGGCAUCCGCCCGGAAGCGCUGCACUCCCCCCGAGCUGCUCUGCAACCCCAGAUAGAGAUCAAACCUCAGCAGUCGAGCACGCCCCAGCCAGCUCCCAUCCGGGACAUCGUCAUGCCUCCUCUGUCUUCUCAGCAUCCCCCUGAGGAGGAGAUGCACUACCACCACACCACGGUGUGCCGAGGCCCAGCCCAGGUGCAGUCCGACGUGCUGGUGAUGCAGCCGGACUACCGCAUGCACCCCACGAGCAUCAGGCUGGAGCAGUACAACGUGCCGCGGGACGUCAGGAUGAUCAUGCACCCGCACAUGGCUGCUGUGGGCGAGCACCACUCGGAAUCCAGACAAUCCCGGACUCCUGAGGGGGCUGUGAAAACCCCCCCUGUCAGCAAGACCCCGCAGCCUGGCAAAGAGACACCCAAAUCCUCCGAAGGCAAGAUGGCUCAUUCCCCUCACAGCGAGCCACGGCUCCUCAGCGUCCCUUCCAGCAGCCAGCUGCCUGGACUGCCUCUGACGCAGCCUGUGGUGGUCCCCCACGGGGUGCAGAUCAUGCACCCUGCAGGGAGCUCCUUUCACGAUUAUCGGUCUGUCUAUGGCGACAUGAGGAAUUACCACACGGCGGCACAGCUCGGGCACCCCCAGUUUCCGGGUGCCUCGCCCAUUGGGCUGCCUUCCCGGAGCAUGACCCCGUCUCAGGGUCUGCCGGAGGGCGAGCACUCACACGCCAGCCAGCCAGUGCGCAGCAAGACUCCUCAGAUCCCGCAGGAUCCCAAGGGCCCUCCGGCAGCAGGACCCGAGCAGAGUCACCACCCCACUGUAAAUAGGCAUGCGGCACAGAUGGAGCCUCAUGUCCACCUUCAGAGGGCACAGGCAGACACGGGGCAGACCUCCUACCCUUCGCCCGUGGCCAUCUCGAUGAAACAGGAGCUUCCGUCACCGCACCAGCCGCAGGCGGUUCCCAAGCAGUCCAUGUUUAUCCCCACCACAGCCGGGCCCGGGGCCCCCCCAGGGCUGCCCCUCAGUCGCCCCGAGCCCCAGUCUGCUCUCAAACAGGAGCCAUCUCCUCACCCUGUGUCACAGAGACCUGUGGACAUGGUCCAGCUUCUGACAAAAUAUCCCAUUGUCUGGCAGGGCCUUCUGGCUCUCAAAAACGACACUGCUGCUGUUCAGCUCCACUUUGUCUCCGGGAAUAACGUCCUGGCACACCGGUCACUGCCCGCGCCCGAGGGAGGGCCCCCGCUGAGGAUCGCCCAGCGCAUGCGGCUGGAGGCUUCGCAGCUGGAGGGUGUUGCACGCAGGAUGAUGGUGGAGAGUGAUUACUGCCUGCUGCUGGCCUUGCCCUGUGGCCGAGACCAGGAGGAUGUGGUCAGUCAGACGGAGUCGCUCAAGGCCGCGUUCAUCAGCUACCUGCAGGCCAAGCAAGCUGCAGGCAUCAUCAACGUCCCCAACCCCGGCUCUAACCAGCCUGCCUACGUUCUGCAGAUCUUCCCACCCUGCGAGUUCUCCGAGAGCCACCUGUCCCGCCUCGCCCCGGACCUCCUGGCCAGCAUCUCCAACAUCUCUCCUCACCUGAUGAUCGUCAUUGCCUCCGUAUGAGCCCCCGGCCGCCCCCGGCGCUUUGCUUCUCUUUUACCAAGGCCCUGCAGCAAAAAACAAAAACCAAAACCCACCCACAAAUAAAACCCCACACCAGGCUACAAACCCAAGUGACAAACCCAAUCACAAGAGAGAGAAGGAAACAAUAAAAUGCUGCCAGAUUCCAGCCUCCUGCCCUGCCCUGCCCGUGGCCGGGCGGCGGCGCGGCUGCCUCGGAUGUUUACAUUGCUUUAGCUUACGGACACCUGACGAUGCACUCAGCGGGUGGGGACUGGGCUGG